AUGGACGGAAGGAAACACCCGAACUCGUUCCAGCAGCUGGAGAAACUGGGCGAGGGUACCUAUGCGACAGUGUUCAAGGGCCGCAACCGCCAAACAGGCGAGCUCGUCGCUCUCAAGGAGAUUCAUCUCGACUCGGAGGAGGGAACCCCUAGCACGGCCAUCCGUGAGAUCUCGCUGAUGAAGGAACUCAAGCACGAGAACAUUGUGGCUUUGCACGAUGUCAUCCACACCGAGAACAAGCUGAUGCUCGUUUUCGAGUAUAUGGAUGGCGAUCUUAAGAAGUACAUGGACACCCAAGGCGAGCGCGGCGCUCUCAAACCCAUGGUCAUCAAGUCCUUCAUGUACCAGCUGCUGAAGGGCAUCGACUUUUGUCAUAAGAACAGAGUUCUGCACCGCGACCUGAAGCCGCAGAACCUUCUCAUCAACAAACAAGGCCAGCUGAAGCUUGGUGACUUCGGUCUUGCCCGUGCGUUCGGCAUCCCGGUCAACACCUUUUCGAACGAGGUCGUCACCCUUUGGUAUCGCGCUCCCGACGUGCUGCUCGGCAGCCGCACCUACAACACCAGUAUCGACAUCUGGUCGGCCGGCUGCAUCAUGGCCGAGAUGUUCUCGGGACGCCCGCUGUUCCCUGGUACCACUAACGAAGACCAGCUGCAGCGCAUCUUCCGCAUCAUGGGCACUCCCACAGAACGCACUUGGCCGGGCAUCUCCAACUUCCCGGAAUACAAGACCACCUGGCAGAUGUAUGCCACCCAGCCUCUCAGCACCAUCCUGCCCCAGAUCGAUCCCGUCGGCAUCGAGCUGCUCACCAGCAUGCUCCAGCUGCGUCCCGAGCUGCGCAUCUCUGCCGCUGAUGCUCUCAACCAUCCCUGGUUCCAUGACCUGCCCGGCGUGCAGCCCCAGCCUCAGCAACAUAUGCCGGUCACCGCUGUCCCGCCGCCGAUGCCGCGUCCGCCAUAUCCGCAGCACCCGCAUGCUCAGCACCCAACUCAUCCUCACCAGCAACAUCCCCAGCACCCGCAUCAGUACGCGCAGCAUCCUCAGCACCCCCAGCAGCCCCAGCAGCCGAUGCCUAUGCCCCAGCCGGGCGCGUAUCAGGUGCCUAGCCAGGGAACCUAUGGCGGCUAUUAG